GCGCGCAGGCCGUCGGGACGUCGCGCCCAGCCGCGGCCUCGCGAGAGUUGCGAGUAAACAGCCCCGAAUGGAGAGCCGAGGAGUGUCCGCCGUGGAGGCGCCGUCACCCUGGGCCGGUCGGCCCCGAGCUUGAGGCGGCCCCAGCUCUGCUUGCUGUGGUCAGUUGGUCAACACUGUUGGACUUGGUUCUAUGAUGCAAAUGGAGAGCAGGACUCUGUAGUCUCGGCCCGAGUGAGAGAAGCCCCACGUCCAAAAUGGAGAAGAAGCGGAGAAAGAAAUGAAAGCCUCUGCGGCCACCAUGGAAGCCACGGGGCUUGACUUCCACACACCUCGGACAAGACUGCACGGUGGCUGAUCAGUAAUGUUGCAGUUUUUAGCAGAAACAGAAUUUCACUUCUAAUCAAGGAAGAAAGAAGUGCGACUUGGAUUUAUGAGAUUUCAUGACCAUAUUCACUAAUGACCAUGAAGCUCGUAAACAUCUGGCUACUUCUGCUGGUGAUUCUGCUCUGUGGGAAGAGACAUCUGGGUGACAGACUGGAAAAGAAGUCUUUGGAAAAGGCCCCCUGCCCUGGCUGUUCCCACCUGACUGUGAAGGUGGAGUUUUCCUCAACAGUUGUGGAAUAUGAAUACAUUGUGGCUUUCAAUGGAUACUUUACAGCCAAAGCUAGAAAUUCAUUUAUUUCAAGUGCUCUCAGGAGCAGUGAAAUAGACAAUUGGAGAAUUAUACCUCGAAACAAUCCAUCCAGUGACUACCCUAGUGACUUUGAGGUGAUUCAGAUAAAAGAAAAGCAGAAAGCGGGGCUGCUGACGCUCGAAGAUCAUCCACACAUCAAACGGGUCACACCGCAGCGCAAAGUCUUUCGUUCCCUGAAAUACACUGAAUCUGACCCGGUCUUGCCCUGCAAUGAAACCCGAUGGAGCCAGAAGUGGCAGUCAUCACGCCCCCUCGGAAGAGCCAGCCUCUCCCUGGGCUCUGGCUUCUGGCAUGCCACAGGAAGGCAUUCGAGUAGACGGCUGCUGAGAGCCAUUCCACGCCAGGUUGCCCAGACGCUGCAGGCAGACGUGCUGUGGCAGAUGGGAUACACAGGUGCUAAUGUCAGAGUUGCUGUUUUUGACACUGGGCUGAGUGAGAAGCAUCCCCACUUCAAGAAUGUGAGGGAGAGAACCAACUGGACCAAUGAGCGCACCCUGGAUGACGGGUUGGGCCACGGCACGUUUGUGGCAGGUGUGAUCGCCAGUAUGAGGGAAUGCCAAGGCUUUGCUCCAGACGCAGAGCUUCAUAUUUUCAGGGUCUUUACCAACAAUCAGGUAUCUUACACAUCUUGGUUUCUGGAUGCCUUCAACUAUGCCAUCUUAAAGAAGAUUGAUGUGCUGAACCUCAGCAUUGGUGGUCCUGACUUCAUGGAUCAUCCCUUUGUUGACAAGGUGUGGGAGUUAACAGCUAACAAUGUGAUCAUGGUUUCUGCCAUUGGCAAUGAUGGGCCCCUUUACGGCACUCUGAAUAAUCCUGCUGAUCAGAUGGAUGUGAUUGGAGUGGGUGGCAUUGACUUUGAAGAUAACAUCGCCCGCUUUUCUUCCAGGGGAAUGACCACCUGGGAGCUGCCAGGAGGCUACGGUCGUGUGAAACCCGAUGUUGUCACCUAUGGUGCUGGAGUGCGGGGUUCCGGUGUGAAAGGCGGGUGCCGGGCCCUCUCAGGGACCAGCGUGGCCUCUCCAGUAGUGGCGGGUGCUGUCACCUUAUUAGUGAGCACAGUACAGAAACGUGAGCUGGUGAAUCCUGCCAGCAUGAAGCAGGCCCUGAUAGCUUCGGCCCGGAGGCUUCCUGGGGUCAACAUGUUUGAGCAAGGCCAUGGCAAGCUGGACCUGCUCAGAGCCUAUCAGAUCCUCAACAGCUACAGACCACAGGCCAGUUUGAGCCCCAGCUACAUCGACCUGACCGAGUGUCCCUACAUGUGGCCAUACUGCUCGCAGCCCAUCUACUAUGGAGGCAUGCCCACCAUUGUUAACGUCACCAUCCUCAAUGGCAUGGGAGUCACUGGAAGAAUCGUGGAUAAGCCUGACUGGCAGCCCUAUUUGCCACAGAAUGGAGACAACAUUGAAGUCGCAUUCUCUUACUCCUCAGUCUUAUGGCCUUGGUCAGGCUACCUGGCCAUCUCCAUCUCUGUGACCAAGAAGGCAGCUUCCUGGGAAGGCAUCGCCCAGGGCCAUGUCAUGAUCACAGUGGCGUCCCCAGCAGAAAUGGAAUCAAAAAAUGGUGCAGAACAGACUUCAACAGUGAAACUCCCAGUGAAGGUGAAGAUAAUUCCUACCCCUCCUCGGAGCAAGAGAGUCCUCUGGGACCAGUACCACAACCUCCGCUACCCCCCUGGCUAUUUCCCCAGAGACAACUUAAGGAUGAAGAAUGACCCUCUGGACUGGAAUGGAGACCACAUCCACACCAACUUCAGGGACAUGUACCAGCACCUGAGAAGCAUGGGCUACUUUGUGGAGGUCCUGGGCUCUCCCUUCACGUGUUUUGAUGCCACUCAAUAUGGGACUUUGCUGAUGGUGGACAGUGAAGAAGAGUACUUUCCUGAGGAGAUCGCCAAGUUGAGGAGGGACGUGGACAAUGGCCUUUCACUGGUUGUCUUCAGUGACUGGUACAACACUUCUGUUAUGAGAAAAGUGAAGUUUUACGAUGAAAACACAAGGCAGUGGUGGAUGCCGGAUACUGGAGGAGCCAACAUCCCAGCUCUGAAUGAGCUGCUGUCUGUGUGGAAUAUGGGGUUCAGUGAUGGCCUGUAUGAAGGGGAGUUUGCCCUGGCAAAUCAUGACAUGUAUUACGCGUCAGGGUGCAGCAUUGCUCAGUUCCCAGAGGAUGGCGUCGUGAUAACACAGACUUUCAAGGACCAAGGAUUGGAGGUUUUAAAGCAAGAAACAGCGAUUGUUGAGAAUGUCCCCAUCUUGGGACUUUAUCAGAUUCCCGCGGAGGGCGGGGGCCGGGUCGUGCUGUAUGGAGACUCCAAUUGCUUGGACGACAGUCACCGACAGAAGGAUUGCUUCUGGCUUCUGGACGCGCUCCUGCAGUACACGUCCUACGGCGUGACACCCCCCAGCCUCAGUCACUCCGGGAACCGGCAGCGCCCUCCCCGUGGAGCAGGCUCAGCCACACCUGAGAGGAUGGAAGGAAACCAUCUGCACCGGUACUCCAAGGUUCUUGAGGCCCAUUUGGGAGACCCGAAACCGCGGCCUCUACCAGCCUGUCCACACUUGUCUUGGGCCAAGCCGCAGCCUUUGAACGAGACAGCACCCAGCAAUCUUUGGAAGCAUCAGAAGUUACUCUCCAUUGACCUGGACAAGGUGGCGUUACCCAACUUCCGAUCAAAUCGUCCACAAGUGCGACCCUUGUCCCCUGGAGAAAGUGGUGCCUGGGACAUUCCUGGAGGGAUCAUGCCUGGCCGCUACAACCAGGAAGUGGGCCAGACCAUUCCCGUGUUUGCCUUCCUGGGAGCCAUGGUGGUCCUGGCCUUCUUUGUGGUACAAAUCAACAAGGCCAAGAGCAGGCCGAAGCGGAGGAAGCCCAGGGUGAAGCGCCCUCAGCUCAUGCAGCAGGUCCACCCACCAAAGGCCCCAUCCGUGUGACUGUCAGACUGGCUGAGCCUGCAAGCCAAAGAGUCUUUGAGGAUGGCUCUGAUGGGCAGGAAGAGCCUUGGAGAGUUUGCGAAGAGGCUCCUCUUUGAGCAGUACCCAGUCUCCAGCUGCGGCUCAGUUAGAGUGUCUUGUUCACAGGCCCCCCUCCCGUGCCACACCCAGGCCUACUGGCACAACUUGACGCACCUUGCGCCCUGGGCCCCCGGCAAGAGGGACUCACCAGCAGCUGAGCACACCAAAGAUGGUGGAGAGCUCGGGAUAGCCACGGGGCUCCUGUUAAAUCAGUGAGACGAGCAACCAGGCUGAGCUGGUUAAAGGCUAUUUUCUAUAUUUAUUGUUGGGAAAGUCACUUUAAAGACUCAUGCUAUUUGGAAGCAAAGCUAUUUUUUUGGCAAUGGAAUGCAGUUUUUACUAUGACAUCAUGAGGAAUCACUCUCCUUCUGACUGAGAUUUGAAGGAGACAGCGCAGACCUUUGCUUUAUUUUUAUAAGCAUCAACUGCCAUCAUGUUUUGUAAUUUGGGGUCUUGAUUUCACCAUUGUCGGUGAAGAAAAUUUUCAAUAAAUAUGCAUUACCUGUAUGAGCUGGA